UUUUAAUAAUAAUAUUCAAAGAAUAUUGCUUUCUUAUUUCUUUGAUUAAAUAAUUGAUUUAUUUUAAUACCAAAUCUAAUUAAAAUGGAAAAUUAAAUAUUGAAAGGAUAAAGUAAGUCUUAUCAGUUUAUAUAGCUGAUUGGUAAGGGGGGGAUUAGCUAUGUGUAUAAAGCUAAAGACUAGUUUAACUAGAUGUAUGCAGUAAAAAGUAUAAGCAAUGUUUCAGUUUCAGAUUCUAAAUAAAACCUUUACUUUGAAAAGGAAAUUCAGACUUUAAAAUAUUUGCAUGAAAAAGUUGAAAAACAUUAACAUAUUUUACAAGUUGAAGAUAUUAUUUAUGAUAAAACAUCAAAUACUAAUAAUACAGUUUAUUUAGUAACAGAGCUUUGUGAUUAAGGAGAUUUAUAUGAAUUUCAAUAAAAGUUUUAUCCUUAAUUUGAUCUAGAAACUAAAUUAGCAUUUUCUAUUUAGAUAGCUUAAGGAUUGCAGCACUUGCACAAUUAAAAGAUUGUUCAUAGAGAUUUAAAACCUGAAAAUUGUUUAGUGAAAUCUCUACUUAACUCUUAAGUAAGUAGCUUUCAUGAAAAAUUUUAAAUAAAAAUUGGAGAUUUUGGUGUAAGCUAAAUUAAUUACCAAUUAGGCUUUCUAAAGUCUUAAAUUGGGACUCCUAAUUACAUGGCUCCAGAAAUAAUUAAUUAGGAGAUGUAUUCUUAAUAAGUAGAUAUAUGGAGUUUAGGGUGUAUUAUUUAUGAGAUAUUUACUAACUAAUAAUUAUUUAGUGGAGGUAAUUUGGUUUAAAUAGUAAAAGCUGCAAUUUAACAUAACAAUAGUUUUGAAUACAUUUAGGGCAACAUUUAAGAAUCUAAAAAUAUUAACUAACUUAUAAAACAGUGCUUAGCAUAAAACCCUUCAUAGAGACUAAGCAUAAAUUAAGUAGUCAAUUUUUUAAUUGAAAUAUAUGAAAGGGUUAAAAGUAAAAAAAGCAAAAGUUACAAAUGUCCUAAAGCAAUUCAAGAUGAAAAUGAACGUAAUUCUUCAGUAAUUAUAUAAGAUUCUUUACUUGAAAAUUAAAAGUAUUAAUUAGUUAAAAAUCCAGAAUAUAACUAAAAUGGAGAGACAUCUGUCUUUGAAGAAGACGAUGUUUACAUUAUUGAUUAUAAUGAAAAAGAAAAUAAUAUCUUAAAUAGUUAACUUAAAGAUUUCUUAGAAUAAAAUAAUUUCAAAUUAUAAAAUGUUGAUUACUAAAAAUAAAUAAAAAUGGAUUUUAGCAAUACAAUAAAUUAAGCUUAACGAAAUUAAGACUAAAAUAUUUAACUAAUUUUAAAUUUAUUAGAAAAUUCAAUCACUCCUCGAGGAUAAAAAAAUAAAAUUGAAAAAGAUAAAAAAAUGAAACAAUACCAAGAUUUGUAAAAAAAUUGUUAAGAAAUUUUAAAUAAAAAAAUGAUAAUUUCUGAAGGUAAAACUCUUUUAUUAGCAAACAAACAAUAUGCUCUAAAAUAUGUUCAAAGUUAAGGCUUACAAAAUUAAACUUACAAUUAAGUAGUAUUUACCAAUAAAAAUAAUCAGUAUGAAUUAUCAAAGAAAGAAGCAAAUUUUGCUUAUUCUUUUAAUUUCUUAAUAGCUGAAAUUAUUUUUUAUGAUAAAAAUUAAGAAAUAAGGUUUUAAGAUUAAUAUCUAAAUAGUUUUGAAAAAUUAAUCCAUGAAUUAAAUCAUGAAAAUACAGAAGAAUUAUUGGAAUUAGUUAAGGAAAUAAAUAGGACAGAAAAUACUUCUUUGGAGAAAUUAUUAAAAUUAUUUUAAAUUUGUGAAAACCAUGUAGAUUUACUCUAAAAUAUUGAUGUAAGAUCUUUUAUAAGUAGCUAAUAAAAUUCUUCACAAAAUUUUAGUCUGAAGGUAUUUAUAGAAUAAAAUGAAAAUUCCCAGAAUAUUUUCACAUAAUUUCACAAAAAUUUAAUUACUAGUUCGAAAAGUGGUCCAAAUAUUAUCAAAUAAGAUUAACCACUCUUACUAUAAAUAUAAAAUAUCUUAAAUAAAUAACCAUAGAAAACUUUGGAUGAAGAAUAAAAAAAGUUAAUUAAAUAGCUUUAGACAUUUUAUUCAGUUGAAACUCCAUCUUCUUUUUGA